CACACCAUCAACUUUCCUUCAUCAUGUCAUCAACUCAUAAAAUAUCAAUCUCAACUCUUACUACUCUCUUCAGUCUAUUACUAUCUUCAUUCUAUCAUUCAUCAUCAUCGACUUCAAUCCAAUCACCAUUUCAAUUAUCAUCAAUUUCAUCAAGACCAACAACAACAACAACAACACCGCCCCUUUCAUCUCAGACUGUCACUUUCAUCGACUUACUCUCAAAUUCAACCUCAUAUUCAAGUUUACUUUACCUAGUUCAGCGUGCUCGUUUGGUACCUAUCAUCAACCUCCUCAAUUCUUCAACUUUCUUUGCACCAACAAAUGAUGCGAUCGAAACUCAUCCUUUACUUUCACUCGCACUCAAUCCUGAAUCCCAUCAAGCUUCCUCAAAUCCUGAUAACAUUCAACUUGAACUUCGACAAACACUCCUAUAUCACUUCCUUAACUUCUCAUUACCUUCAUCAAUUCCAAGUGAUACGCCGGCCAUGCUCGAAACACUUCUCUUCCCACUUCCAGUCAAUCAAUCCAUCGUCCCUCGCCACCCUGGUGAAACACCUGUUGAAUCUCCACCUAGUUUGCUAGGUGGAAAAGGCCAAAAGCUGCGGGCUAUCCAGCGUGACGAAAAAGUCUAUCUAGAAGUUGACUCAAAUGGUGAAAACGGUACCUUGCUCCGGCUUAAUGAAAGCCAACUGGCUUCCAAUGGAAUUCUCAUCCCACUCGAUCGUGUCUUGACACCUCCACCUCGACUUUCUGCUCUCAUUCGAUCUACGCCUCAACUUUCGAUUUUGGCCGAAGUCUUAUCUGAAGAUUUUUUUGAUCAACUUGACUCAACACCACAUCUCACCAUCUUUGCUCCUGAGAAUGAAGCCUGGAACAGUUUGGAUCCUAUUGAACUUAGUUAUCUGAAGACAAACUUUAGUUCCGAUGACGCAAUCAAGGUCUUUCAAAGUUUCAGUUCUCCUGCUGGCUUACCACAAGAUCAGCCUGGUUAUUAUCAUCAACUAUUGCAAGCCGUCCGUCAAGCCAAUGAGCCGGUCCCCGUUACAACUACUCAAGGUCAUCAGCUUUCAGUAGAUGUCGACCCUCGCACCGAGACUCUCACAGUCAAUGGUACCAAAAUCACUGGCCAUGAUCUGCUUACCAACAAUGGCGUUCUACAUCUCGUUCCUCAACUAUUCCUUCCUGACGGUACCGUCACACUAUCACUCGAAAAAUAUCUUCUCGCAUUGAAUUGUACCAAACUGGUCUCCUUAUUCCGAUCUGCCAAUCUUUCUACAACAUAUCUGGGCAACUCAACUGUCGAACCUUACACUAUCCUUGCUCCACGAGACGAUGUUUUUGACGGCUUUGAUCCGAGUCUCUCCGGGGCACCGUCUGAUCGAUGGGCUACAUUACCAGCAAAUGACUCCCAAGACUUACGUGACGUGCUCAAGUAUCAUGUGGUCCGUGGCGUACAUCCGCCUGAAGAGCUGAGCGAUGGAAUGUUACUCAGCACCGAGCUCGACCUCAAACGUACCAACGGUAGUCUUAAGCAACAGAUAUUAGUCUCAGUUUCGGCAAGCGACGGAAAAGGCACAUCUAGGUCAGACAAAAAGCGCUCUCUGAUUGGCUUUGGUGGCGUGAACGUGGUUGGAGUCGAACCGGUUCGGGUCGGCAAUUCAUUGAUCUAUCUGAUCUCCCAGAUCAUUGAACGACCUUCAGAUUUGUUAGAAGUCGCGUUAUCAGAUUUAAAACUUUCAACUUGCGUUGCCUCAAUCUUUGCGGCAGGAAUUGAUGAAGAAUUGAAGACGUUUCCCGGCUUGAGUUACUUUAUUCCAACUAACAAGGCUUUCGAAUCACUUGGCCUGAUCAUGGAUUAUUUACUCUUAGGAAAAUCGAAAUCGGAUUUAGCUCGACUCUUGAGAUAUCAUGCUAUUCAAGAAGUUGUGUACCUUCGUAAGAUUCCAGUAGGCGAUAGUCAUCGGUAUCCUACCUUGGAAGGAACUGAGAUUUAUAUAUCAAAGCCUGAUGGAGAUAAUGUGACUUUGCAUGGUCCUACAUCGCAUGGCUUACCACUGAAUGGUGAAAUUCGUGAUUCGGAAGUGGUGAACAAACACGAUCGACUUAUCGAAACUGGAAGUUUGAAUGUGAUUAAUCAAGUUGAACUUCCGGCCAGUCUUGACAUUGAUAUAUCGAAAUUGAUGGCUGGAGCAAAAGCCUCAACAAUGGUAGAUUUGAUCAAAGCUAGUAAUAUGAGUUGGGUUUUACAUAAGAAUUUAAGUGGUCUUCCUGAUCAAGAUCAAGAAAGAAACGCAAGAUUUGAAAAUAGUUAUACUGUGCUUUGUCCAACUGAUGAAGCCUUUACGAAGAUCAACUUGACUUAUUAUCUUGAAAGUCCGAUCUUAUUGAAAUCAUUGGUGAUGCAACACAUUAUUCCUACUAAACCGCCUUCAGCGGGUAACGUAAAAUCACGACCGGAUCUUAAACCUGCACCUUUUCAUCCUUUGGUCUUAGGUGAUGGGAUCGUAUAUAGUACUCUUUUGAGUCGUAGUGAAGGUGGACCAAGUGGAUAUGGAGAUGUAAGUUUAAGAAUGAAUACGAUUCUAGAAAAGAAUUCAGAAGAGACGAAUGAGGAUCAAGCCAAAUGGUUAAUUGGAAUCAAAGGAGCAAGAGGUACGAAUGGAGAUCAUGAUUCAGCCAGAAUCUUAAACUAUGGUAGAGUGACACCAAUCUUGAUGGAAGAUGAUCAAGUCUUUGUUUCAUUAGCUGGAGGGGUCUUAAGUUUAAAUAAAGUACUUGAACCUUAUGAACCGAAUUGGUGGGAAAGAUGGGGUCAAAGUCUGGUGGGUUGGAUCAUUGUUUUGGGGUUUGUUGGGGCUUUGAGUUUUUUGGUUUGGAGACUUUGGAUUAAGAAAAAGAAUCAUAGUACUGGAUAUCAAUUUUUAGAACCAAUGGAAGAGUAAACGUUUUGCGGGGAGGGAGGGUUUGUUUAUUGAGAAAAAUCAAAGGUCUUUUGAGUCUUUGUAUCAUGUUUUUUUUAGUUGUGAUGAACUGAAUUAAGUUUAUUAGAACUUUUGGAAUACCACCUAUCUUUCUUUCUUUCUUUUUGAUUCAGUUUCUUUUUUUAAGUUGAAAUCAGUUUUGAGUCAAUCAGUAUUCUUUUUUUUUAUUUUUUAUCUCAUUUUCUUGCCCGAAACUGAUUUGGUACUUUUUUUUCGCUUCAAAUAAAAAGUUGUAUGUUAAAAAAUGAGCAUUAUUUGGUUGUAAGCUAAAAGGAUUAUUUAAGAAAACAAAAACAGAAAAUUGAUUUGGUUUUUUUGAUUGAUUUGCUUUUUUGAUUGAUUGUUGAUGUAAAGGAUUUAAUAAGAUUAAGAUGUUGUAAUUUUUUUUCUUUCGUGUAUUUUUCUUUUAUUUUUAUAAACAUGGAAUUGAAAUUAAAUAGUUGAUUGGGUGUUUUG